AUGUCAUACUCUUCAAUUUCUUGUCCCAAUUCACUUGAUGUUUGGAAGCCAGGCUACCCAGGACCUAGCGACUACAAUUCCCCAACCCCUCAUAAUCAAUCAGAUCUCAUCUCAAACCUCAUCUCACCAUGGACUCUCACGCAUUGCUACUCACGUGGCAACUUCCAAGCAACCUCCGAAGUCAGCCAACCAUUUCAGCCAAGAGAAAACCCAGGCCUCAAUCGGCCUUCUAAAACAAUCCAUAAUCUAAUCAGCCAGUUCCGAGUCCUCGGGGUGCCUAACCGCCCGGCACCAUUCCGUUCCGCAACCAGAACCAGAACCAGAACCAGAUCUAGGUAUAGUAAAUCUGUUUGCAGAUAUAUACAACGAAGAUCUGUUUGGUCUAUUCCAAGACAUUGCCAUCCACGACCUGCAAACACCUACGACCGUUGCCUGUUUCUGCUCACCGCCCCUGGCCCCCAAAUCCCAAACUUCCCGCAGAGUCCUAUAUUGAAUUUCCAGACACGCGAAAAUGCAGAUGAUGGUUGCUCGAUUCCACACCCCUUCUUGUCUCGUUCGAACGGUUUGGUCGAACAGUUCGGUACUAUCAAGGAUCCAAUCCAAUACCGGCUGUGCCGCCGGACGGAAAUCACAAUGCUGCUGCAUGUAAUUUUUGUACCACAUCGAAUUCCGCCACAACCAUUGUCAUCGCAGAUCCUUUCCACGGCAGACCCCAGCCAUUCGAUCAAGAAAAUUCUCGCUUGCGCUUGCAGUUGUGCUGUGCUGACCGUGUUGACGUUCGCCAGUAAUCACGGCUUUGAAAAUUUUCCGCUGCUGUCAUCACCAGAAGCGAUUCUCCGUACCUUCCGGGGAAGCACAAUCCUCUUGAACGAAUUACUCUCCCAGACACGGAAAAAAACCUGA